CCUGGGUUUAGCUGAUCUACCUGCUCUACAGGUUAAUUACCUCAAAAGCAAAUAUACAAACAGAAAAGAAGAGAAAGCUUGCAGUGAAGGCACAGUAAGCACAGCUCUUUCAAGCAAACAUACUAUGUGACUGAUCGAAAAAGAGUUCAUCCAUCUUCCAGAGGCUUCUAAUCAGAUUUACAAACUUCUAAAAGUGAGAAAGGAAAACAAGACAGGCAAGUCUUUAUUAAAAAAAAGAAAAUCUGCAAGUGACUAACUGAUAAGAGCGCCUGCUGCCGUUAACGAUGGCCAUGAAGUAAUGACAGAUUGCCAAAUGCUCUGCAAUAAUAUAGCAGGGAGAGCACAUGAGAGAUGAAUAUGGGUAUUGUAGAGACUAUCCUGUGUCUGCAGGCUGCAAAAUGCUUCUUUAAUUUUCUGCCAUUCCUCUGUCUACGAGAAGUUCGCAACCAAGCGUCUGUCAUCUCGCUGCUCAUCCUCAUGGUAACCGACACAGUGAUCACAGGAUUCCUGCUAGGUUUAUGGAGUGGUGGCUGGAUUGUGUCUCCCAGUACAGAAGUAAUAUUCCUGCGAUUUCUGGGCUUUCAGAAUGAGGCCUACAAGAAAAUCCCUCUGCUGCUCCCUUGGGUGUCCUUCAGUGAAGAGUGGAGCCGAUCUCAUAUAAACCAACGGGGUGGACCAGCCAGAGCAGAAGCCACUCUCACCAUGCAGUCUUGUCUUCUCAGUCUAACCUGUUGGUUAAUUGCUGCUUCCUAUAGCCAGUAUCCCUUCCUGUCACUUUCAGACAGUCCUCCAGUAUGUGAAAUAUGGGACUGGCGAUGUCCCUUUAAAUACAUCCAUGAAGACAAAAAGUUUGAUUGGUUGCUGCCUUCCAUAGGCCUUGCACUUGGUUCCACUUUGUUUUGCAGCACAAUGGAAAGCAGGAACUCCAUUGCAAGAACAAUUCUAGAGAGGAGGCAGCCAUGGAAUAAACUAGUGAUGCCUUGUUUGUUGGUUAUUGGUGCUGCAGUAUCCUUUAUUUUCCUUCCCCCUUUUCUGGCGGUAAGCACAUGGUCCAUUGUAGCACUGGACAGACUAUGUGCCCUCUUUAGGUUACAGAUUCCAGAGCCACUAAUCACAGUUCACAAUGCUGUAGAGCACUUACAAGGGAAAGAAUACAUAGACUAUGUAUACGCAAAACACGAAAACGACACGAAACAUAAGAAAAGCCUGGUUUAAUUACAAGAAAAAUGAUGCUGAAUAGUGAAACGUGAAUUAGGUUUAGAAGACAGAAGGGUAUAAUGUGUUACAUAUGUGUUGGUAUUCAUCAACUGCACAUUCUCUUAAGGAAGAUGGCAGUAAUGGGGGUAUGUGAAAUUUGUUAGACAUUAAUGGGUCAUGUAUGCCAACUGGAAUCACUCCUAUGCCUUUUAUUGCACAUGUGCUUCCAUUAAAGUGCGCCUGUGCCCAGACUGUGGACAUGUAUUUAUAUAUAGUAUUCCUAAAAAGCAGUAAAGAUCUUUAGAACCA